AUGUCAGUCGGCCGGUCCGUCGUCGAUCCAUUGCGCCCUUUGGUUUCAGUCGCCCUAGGCCCUCUGUGGACAAUCGCCUAUGUGCAGCGGGUCCGUGAAUCUGCCUUAGGGCCCAGCGCUUCAAUAAUCUCUGAAAUCGCUCGCCGACCUCCCCAGACCAUUUACACGCCCCAGUUCCUCUCCAUCCUUCGUACCAUCGUUCUAGUUUUAGAAAUAGUCGAGUGGAACUCAGCUCGCCAAGGGGUGAAUCCUUUAACACAAGCUACAUAUGGGACUGGAGGCGAUUAG